AUGGUCAAAAGGCUCUCCGUUAUAGAGCCUCUCAGCGCAGGAGAGCUGGCUGUAUACUCCUGUACUUCCCUGAAGGAGCUGGACGUGGCGUUUGAUGGCGGAUUUCCUGUGCGUCGUUUACAAUUUCCAGUUCUCCGCAGCCUUCGUGUACGCGGAAAAAACUACGAACCUCUCUCUGAUAUCGAUGCACCGAAGCUUCAAGCUCUCUUUAUUGAUGCCACGUACGCAUCCCAGGAGAAUCCGGCGCGAGACUCGUUGGAACGAGCGGUGAGAAGUCAAAAAUAUACGCUCAGACCGGCGAGCGAGUUGGAAGUUCGUAUCGUCGUGUCGGUUCAAACCCUGGGGAUAUUACUCGAUCGUUCGCCGGCUUUGGAGAAGCUGAGAAUCCAUAUGUCUAGUAGAGACGCAGACACAGAGCAAGAGGAGCUGCAUCACUUGCUCCUCUCGCCUAUUUCAAUCGACAGAGACAACUAUCAGACUAGCCAAGGCCAGGCGGCUCAGCGAGCGAACUUCCAACAAGAAUCGGCUUCUUCAAGUAGCAAAGAUGAUGGUGGAGAAGCGCGGAUCAAGCGACUUAGAUCCCUAACAAUUGUCCUUGAGAAUAUUUGGAUAGAAGAAAAGGGGCUAACAUGGGAGAGGGAGCUACGGUGA